CUUCCUGCCCUCCCUACCCUGCUGAGCUUUCUACUACCCCACCAUCAUGGGAAGUGCUUACCACUGGGAGGCCCGGCGUCGGCAGAUGGCUUUGGAAUGGAGGAAAGAACUGAUAGCUCAGAAGCAGCAGCAGCAAGAGCAGGCAGCCCAUCAGCAGCAAGAGCAGAAGAAACACUAUCCUGAGAAAAAGUCCCAGCCACAUCAAGGGUCAAAAGGGCCUCCUCUGCCAGCACAACAGCAGCCACAGGUGCCACCUGGGCCAAAGCAACAGAAGGAUCAAGACCCUCCUAUCCAGAGCACCUUCAAAGACAGUCUCCAGAAAGACUUCCAAAUGCAAAGACUGGAGCCUGGACUAGUGGGGGCCCAUGAAGCUAGACAGCAAAUCUGCAGACCACAUGAUGGGCCCCCAAUCCUUCCAGGCCAUGGUCUCACAAAUGCAUGCCAGUCUAGCUCUUCCAAGGGGUAUUCCCGACUCACGGUGAGAGACAAACGGGCUCUGACUGAGUGCAUGCCCUAG